UCUCUUACCGCAUAAUCCUUACUUACACAACUCUACCAACAAUUUUCUCUCCCUCUCCUGUUUUCAUGACAUAAACAAUCAACAGUUGCUUUCCAUUUUCCACACGCAAUGUGCCAUUCAUUGCAACUGUAGUAUUAUUACCCUUUCUUCAUAUAUAUCAGUUAUGGCCUCCUUAAUGCUGAGUGGAGCCCAGAAUCCAAAGCUCAUCACUGGCUUAGCCUCAACUGCUGUUAACUUGAACGACAAGUGCUUGUUCAACAAGGGUGUGCUGUCUCGUAACAAGUUGAGGGUCAGAAAAAACAUGAGCCUGAGAUGCAGCCUCUCAGCCUCAAGGCCUGCUUCUCAGCCCAGGUUCAUCCAGCACAAGAAGGAGGCAUUUUGGUUCUACAGGUUUCUGUCUAUUGUGUAUGAUCAUAUAAUAAAUCCUGGGCACUGGACCGAAGACAUGAGGGAUGAGGCGCUGGAGCCUGCCCAACUCUUCAGCCGUAAGCUGAGGGUGGUGGAUGUCGGAGGUGGAACUGGCUUCACAACUCUUGGAAUAGUGAAACAUGUGGAUGCCAAAAACGUCACAAUUCUUGACCAGUCACCCCACCAGCUUGCCAAGGCUAAGAAGAAGGAGCCCCUGAAAGAAUGCAAGAUAAUUGAGGGUGAUGCAGAAGAUCUUCCAUUUCCAACCGAUUAUGCUGAUAGAUAUGUUUCUGCUGGAAGUAUUGAAUACUGGCCAGACCCGCAGCGUGGCAUUAAGGAAGCCUACAGAGUGCUAAGGAUAGGGGGAAAAGCCUGUGUUAUUGGUCCGGUCCACCCAACAUUUUGGCUGUCUCGGUUCUUUGCAGAUGUGUGGAUGCUGUUCCCGAAAGAGGAAGAGUACAUUGAAUGGUUUAAAAAGGCUGGUUUCAAAGACGUUGAGCUGAAAAGGAUCGGUCCAAAAUGGUAUCGUGGGGUGCGCAGGCACGGUCUCAUCAUGGGUUGCUCAGUCACAGGAGUGAAGCCUUUGUCUGGAGACUCUCCCCUCAAGCUUGGUCCCAAGGUAGAGGAUGUGAAGAAGCCUGUAAAUCCACUGGUGUUUCUUUACCGGUUCAUCCUUGGUGUAAUUGCAUCCACUUACUUCGUACUAGUACCAAUCUACAUGUGGAUCAAAGACAAAAUUGUUCCAAAGGGCAUCCCCAUUUAAGAUUGGAAAAACGUAGGAGGAAACUUAGUUCUGUGCCAUUGCUAGCUUUGUCUGUUUUUGUUGGAGAGGAUUUUACUGAGUUUAAUUUGUAUCUGUCAUUUGGCAAAGAGAUAUAGAAUGUGUGAUGUGGUAGCCUCUUGUUCGAUCACUAAAAUGUUGUGCUUCUCUUUUGCUU